AUGACAAAUAUUGAUAUUCGUUUUUCAGGCUCUUAUCAUAUGUAUCGAAUUCAAUUUGUGGGUCCAGCUGUAGCUGUAUUCAUACUGAGUGUAGCAAUCAUAUUUAUUACACCACAAAUCAAACAAAUACUUAUAAAAUUAUCAUUUCGUAGAAGUCAAGUAGCAUCAAUGACGUUACCAAUGCGAAAAUUACUCCAUCCUGCUGUUCUUCUAGCGACACCAAUUCAAAUUUAA